GGGAUCUCGGACGCCUGGAUCCUAACUCCGCUCCUCUUCCCGCAGACCGGGCGCCUGGACAAGUCGCAGCCCCUGGUGUGCGGACACACGGCCCCGGUGCUGGACAUCGAGUGGUGCCCCCACAACGACAACAUCAUCGCCAGCGGCUCCGAGGACUGCACCGUCAUGGUGUGGGAGGUACCGGACGGGGGACUGGUGCGCCCCCUGACGGAGCCGCUGGUCACGCUGGAGGGGCACUCGAAGCGCGUCGGCAUCGUGGCCUGGCACCCCACGGCCCAGAAUGUGCUGCUGAGCGCAGGUUGUGACAACGCCGUGCUGCUGUGGGACGUGGGCUCGGGCCAGGCGCUGGUGGAGCUGCGGGACCUGCACCCCGACACCAUCCACAGCGUGGCCUGGAGCCGCGACGGAUCCCGCCUCUGCACCUCCUGCCGAGACCGCCGGGUCCGCGUGAUCGAGCCCCGCUCCGGCCGCGUGCUCGCCGAAAAGGCCAACCCCCACGAGGGCUCCCGGCCAGUCCGUGCUGUCCUGCUGGACGACGGCAAGAUCCUCACCACCGGCUUCAGCCGCAUGAGCGAGCGCCAGGUGGCGCUGUGGGACCCGGCCCACCUGGAGGAGCCCAUGAACCUUCAGGAGCUGGACACAAGCAGCGGGGUGCUGCUCCCUCACUACGACCCCGACACCAGCAUGGUCUACCUCUGCGGCAAGGGCGACAGCUCCAUCCGCUACUUCGAGGUGACGCCCGAGGCCCCCUACCUGCACUUCCUGUCCCUCUUCAGCUCCAAGGAGUCGCAGCGCGGGGGCGGCUGGAUGCCCAAGCGGGGCCUGGACGUCAGCAAGUGCGAGAUCGCCAGAUUCUACAAACUCCACGAGCGCAGAUGUGAGCCCAUUGCCAUGACGGUGCCCCGCAAGUCAGACCUGUUCCAGGAGGACCUGUACCCCGACACGGCCGGGCCUGACCCCGCCCUGACGGCAGAAGAAUGGUUCGGGGGCAAGGACGCCGGUCCCCUGCUCAUCUCCCUGAAGGACGGAUACGUCCCGUCCAAGAGCCGCGAGUUCAAAGUCAACAAGAGCAUCCUGGAGCCACGCCGGAGCCAGACCUGCUCCGAUGGGGGCAGCCCCGGGGCGCUGGAGAAGCUGACUGAGGACGUGCGGCAGCUGCAGGCGAUGGUGGCGGAGCAGGAGCGACGCAUCGCAGUGCUGGAGGCCAAGGCUGCCAAAUAG